AUGGAUGUAGAUAACAUUGUGCAGCUGAAUGAGGAUGUCGAAAUGAAUCAUCAGGACUACUUGAAUUUGUGUAGCAUUGAUGAUGGGAGGGUUGUAGCAAUGGGUGUUGAGGCAGUGGGUGUUGAGGCAGUGGAGACACCUGAUCCUUUAAGUUGUAGUAGUGCAGCUGGGUCGAACAAUGUGGUUGAACCACCUGCAGUAGGUAUGAUAUUUGGGACAUGGGAGUUUGCUGAUGAAUAUUUAAGGAAAUAUGGGAAGCGGGAAGGGUUUGCUGUUGUUAGGGCAGCUGGUUCUCAUAAGAAAGGUGAAGGUAAUAAAGUUGAAAAGGGUUGGAGGAAUAAUACAUGGAAAUGCGAAUGUUCUGGUAAAUCGGACGUGAAACGAGCUUUGAAGGGUAGGGUAGCUGUUGGACGUAAGGGUAUUCAAGUGGCAACUAGGAAGUCGAAGAAAUGCAAUUGCCCUGUUAUGAUGUAUGCUUGUUGCAAUGAAGGAGGUGAGUGGCAAUUGAAGAAAGUCAUUUUGGAUCAUAUUCAUAGUAGUUUAGCGCGUGAUAGGAAUGGGUUGGACAAUAUGGCUAUAACAGAAGGGGAUCUUAGGAAUAUAAUUGCGAAGGAGAGGAAAUUGAAGCUUGGGCCUGGUGAUGCUAAUGCAAUGAUGAAUUAUUUUAACAAGAUGGCGGAGGACAACCAAAAGUUCUUUCACAGUCAUCGAUUAGACGAAGAAGGGUACUUGAAGGAUGUGUUAUGGGUUGAUGCUAGGUCUCGAGUGGCUUACGAGGAAUUCUGUGAUGUGGUUGCUUUUGAUGCGACAUAUUUGACUAAUGACUAUGAACUACCGUUCGCAAACUUUGUCGGAGUGAACCACCAUGGACAGACCAUAUUGCUUGGAUGUGCGUUAGUUUCGCACGAGGAUGCAGAGACAUAUGAAUGGGUAUUUAGCACUUGGGUGUUAUGCAUGGGUGGUAGAGCACCCAUUGGUAUAUUGACUGACCAAGACGCGGCGAUGAAAAGGCACUCCACAAUGCUAUGCCUCAAUCUGUGCACCGAUGGUGUAUAUGACAUAUAA